AUGGUUAGGCGACUUAAGCAUCAUGAGCAGAAGCUGCUCAAGAAAGUGGACUUUUUAGAAUGGAAACAAGAUCAAGGUCAUCGUGAUACGCAGGUAAUGCGUACUUAUCACAUUCAAGAUAGAGAAGACUACCACAAAUAUAAUAAAAUAGUCGGUGAAGUCCGCCGCUUAGCGCAUAAACUAUCACAGUUGCCGGCUACUGACCCUUUUAGAACAAAGCAUGAACAGUUGUUAUUAGAAAAGCUCUAUCAUAUGGGAAUUUUGGCAACGACUUCAAAAAUUAGUAACUUAGAGAACAAAGUUACAGUAUCUGCGAUUUGCCGUCGUAGGUUACCGGUUAUUAUGCAUAGAUUAAAAAUGGCAGAAACGCUGAAGGAUGCUAUAAAGUUUAUAGAACAGGGCCAUGUUCGAGUUGGACCGGAUUUGGUAACAGACCCUGCAUUUCUUGUGACCAGAAAUAUGGAGGACUACGUUACUUGGGUUGAUUCUUCGAAAAUCAAGAAGACUAUCUUACGUUACAGAAAUCAAAUUGAUGACUUCACUGAGGCGUGA